GGUUUUCAUUAUUUUAAUUAAAAUUUUCAAUCGUUUCCUUAUAGCCAAAUUUAAUAUCAAGUUUGCUGGCGCAAUUGCUUUGCUUAUUAGUGGUGCAGCACAACUUUGACUCGUUACUUCUGUGUAAAUACUUGUGACAUGUCACACAUCUCUAAGUGUGAAUGUCAGAACUAAACCUGGAAAAAAAUUUGUUUUGUUAAAAGAAAUGGCUAUUUUUGCAUAUAAAAGCAAUUGAUUUCGAUAGUGUAGCCAUAUAAUAUUUGGAAAGUGACAUUUGUGUGGACAAAGUGCUGACGGUCAAGUGUAUGCGUUUGUAUAAAUUCCAAAACCAGUAAGAAAAUUCCAACACAGACCUUGAGUGGGCUCACACAUACACACACACAGAGAAUAACUAAUACACAGACGCUGAUAAACGGGUUGAAACGUCACUUAGCGAGAGUUCCUGAAGUGUUUCGCAGCUGCUGUUAGCCAAAUUAGCACAACAACAACAAGAAAAAGAACAGGAAAUUAGAACAAAGGACUCACGACGUCGAAAUGGUGAAUGUGCCGCCGCCGCUAUUAUGCAGCACGCCACCCCCGAUUGAUUUUGGCGAGGAUGACGACGAUUCGGGGCUGCCAUCGACGCUACACUUAGAAGACGCUGACGGCGACGCUGACGAAUACUCUGAGUAUGGCUUAGUCACCGAAGCCACGCUCCAUGCAAAAGUGCCCUCGUUGCCAGAGCUGUCCAUAUCAAUAGAAGCAGCGAAAGAUUUAAGCAAUGGUCAUGCAACGGCAACUGCCAAACCAACAGUGGAGGCUUUCAAUUAUCAGGUGAAGGCGCCCGAGUUGGAAGCAACAACAAUUGAAGCAGAUAUGCCGCCACCUUUGGAAACCCUUGAAGUGGUAGCUGAAGAAGAGCAGGCAGAGGAUCAAGAAGAUCCGGAAGACGAAGAGGCAGACGAGGAAGAAGCCAAUACCAAUGAUAACAUACCCUCACUCAAACUUGACAGCUUAAGUCUGUAUUCCAGCGAAAGUGGCACCUUAUCACCUGUAGCCGAUGACCAACAAGAGCAGUCGGAACAACAGCAGGAAACAACCAAAGCACCUGUAUUGUGCCACCAGGUGACGCUGGAGGAUGUCACAGAUGACAGUGACGAGGAGUGUUCGCCAAAGAAACCCAAAGAACUAUUCAUACCUGAGGGUGCUGAUAACUUUUUUGCCAUAGAGAUUGUAGCCACACCCACUGUAAAAGACCCGCCUUCAUUGAGCAGUCAUCUGCCCCAUGUUGAGCACCACAACUUUGCUGCAUUCCAAGAGACGCCGCCCGAAGAUCUACCUCAAAUGGAGAUGAAAGUAAAUGGCAUAGUUGAAGAUGAAGAUGAUGAUGACGACUUUGGUGAUUUUGCGGACUUUGCAGCAGCUCCAGCGCCAGUUGUGGAAGCGACAGCUAUAGUGUCAGCUACAACAGCGCCACUAGCAGCUGUUGCAGCUCCAGUUACAGUUGUUCCAGUUGAAACAGAACCUGAUGAUGAUGAUGAUGGCUUUGAUGAUUUCCAAGAUUUUGCAACACCUCCCGUGGAAGCAGCCAUUGUGGCGGAUGAUGGUGACGAUGAUGAUGACUUUGGCGAUUUCUCAGAACCCUCAUUUGUAUCAGCUGAACCUGCAGUUGUCCCACAAAUUGUGUUGCCCCAGCCACCGCCGCCAGCUGCUGCUCUGCUCAGUAUCACAGAGCGUGUGAAGCCAGUGCUGGAUGUUAUGUUCCCCAACGUGGAAGCGAGCAGCGGCGAAAAGCAGGCAGCAGUAAAACAGACGCCGCUGGCGGAUGUGCAGAGCUUGCAAUUUGGAGCCAUUGAGCAGGCACAUGCUCUGGACUAUCAGUGGGUGAAUUCUGAGAUGCGACACUCCCUGGUGCGUUCCUUGGGCAUUGACUCGCGUAAUAUUUUGUUUGGCGACAAGUGGAACUCAUCGAUGCCACGUUUUGCCGCCAAUCUGAGCUACAAUCCACUGAAGCCACUCAAACCAACGCCAGCAACUGUGUUGGAGCCUCAACUCAUUUCCAGCUGGCAGCCCGCCAACAAUAACAACAGCGUCUCCAGCCAGCUGCCUUUAGAGGAAUCACAUGUACAGACAUUACAAUUGGAACAACAACAAGUACAACAAGAACAAGAACCACAACAACAACUAGACCAAGUAACGAUGGUGGCUAAUGCUGAUAAAAUAAAUCUUGUUACCUCUAACUACUCCCACUACUCCAAUAUCAAUAACAAUCACGAUGCCUGGGAUGCGAUGGAACUUGAACUCCUCUCCGAUAAUCUAAAUGACAAUAUGACAAUCAACAAUAACAACAACUUUAAUAACAACAACGACAUCCACAACAACAAUGCCAAUGAAAUGCACAAUUUUGUCACACAUUUUGCCACCAUCUGCAAUAACAACAAUCAUGCAAUAACAAAAACAACAACUACAACUAAUACAACAACAACAACAAUAAACAACACAAAUAUCACUGCUCACGUCGCCUUGCUGGAUCUUAGACUGGAAGCAGCAACAACAACUUCAGCCACAGCAGCAGCAGCAACACCACAAACGAGCCAAGUUAAAGCGCAGCCUGGCAUUGCUAAUGGGCAAGGGAAGAGCGAAGCAAUCGACAACAACAGCAGCAGCAGCAAGAACAGCAUCGAUGAAGCAAUCACAAGUGGCAACGAUGCCGCCCAUUUCGAUGACACCGCAGCAACAGCAUCAGUAUUUGCUGUUGCAGCAGCAACAGCGACGCUAUCGCCUGCUCUAUCAGCAGACGGCAAUGGCCACCACUUCGACGACAGUGAGCAGCUCGCUCAGCCGCAGCAGCAGCUUGAUCUGAGAAGCUCCCCAACGCCAUCGCCGCCACCAACAACAACCACCACAGUCAAUAGCAACCAGCAGCAAUUGCAUGAAGUCAGCAGCAGCAAUACUUAUGCGCUGCCCCUCAAGGAGACGCAUAUUUACACGCCCUCAAAGUCAGACACGGCGGUGGCCAAGACAACAACGCUGGCGCCCAUCGAUUUUGACUACGAGAUCGCUUCGGCUGGCAUUAUCAUAGACGAAACAGUCGUCAAGAAGGAGUAUCGCGAUGUGGAAUACAAACCGCCGCCAUUUGGCCUAGAUUCGCCCAGCAAAUUGGGCAGCAAACCAGCUGCCGAGGACGAUGACUUCAGUGAUUUCCAGUCGGUGACAGCGACUGUUUCGGCCAUUAAGAGUACGACUGCACAACAGCUGCAGCCACCAAGAAAUGGCACGCCUACUUUUGGGGAGCAGAUGAUACUUAGUCCGGCCAUUCUGUUGCCGCAAACAAUUCCAUUGGCCAAGCCGAGCAUUGAGUGGGGCGACAAUGCGUUGGCCAGCAUUAAUGCCGAGGAAUUGGCGCGCAUCGAGGAGCUAUUCUCGCAUCAGUCCAAGCCGCCCACGAUAAGUGCAACGGUGGCGCAGCAGUCGCCAAAGCAACAGGCGCCGCCGCCACAACAGCAACAGCAGCAGGAGGAUGAUGAGUGGUCGGACUUUGUGUCUGUGCCUGUGCAGCAACAACAACAACAGCAACAGCAGCAGCUACAAAACAACCACAACAACAAUGUUGUCAAGAUGCAGAAGCAACAACAAUCAGUUGCAGCCAAAGAGGACGACUGGUCGGACUUUGUGAGCAGCACACCGUUGGCCAACAACACGCUCAAUUCACGUGCUGCGCCCCAAUUCAAUUCGGGCGCCUGGCAGAGUGCCAACUUUUACAAUAAUCCCAUGAGCCUCUAUCAGCAACAGCAGGGCGGACACAGCAAUCUGGUUCCGAAAUAUCAAAGCAGCAACAACGGCAGCAGCAACAAUAACAACAACAACAACAAUGUGCCAGCCAUACCACAGCAGAUUCAUAUGAUGCAUGACUUUUCCACGGCGCCAACAGCGACACCAUUAACAGCGCAAACUGCAACUUAUCAGCAGCAGCAUCAUCAACACCAUCAGCAGCAAUUGCAACAGCAGCAGCAACAACAACAGCAGCAGCAACGUCAGCAGUUUCAUCUGGGCAAUGCCAAGGUGGCGCCACGCAUCUCUCUGAUACCCGAUCUGAGUUUUGUGGCACCGGCUUUGCCCACGAAUGCUGGAGCAUUCAUGAGUUCGCUGCCAAAGCCCAGUUUUAGUGCCAAGAAAUGACAAAAGCUGCGGAGGCCACAGCAGAAAAAGUCGUCAACGUUGUUAGUGGUGGCGCCACAGCCACGCCCCCUAACAGCCGAGGCAAGCAUCUUGACAUAGGCAAGGCAUAGAAAAAGAAUUAACGCGUCCUCCAGUCAGUAUUAUGAAUCCGUCUUGAUAUUUAAUUCAUUUGCUAAAUAAGUUUUGAGAGAAGCUGCACAUAAUGUUGCUCCUUGUUAUUGUUGAACUGUGUGUAUAGUAUGUGUGAGAGAGAAUGUGUGUGAGUGUGCGUAGUUUGUAAUUGUUGCUAUAGCUUAUUGCUGUUGCUGUUGUUGUUGUCGUCAUCGUUGUUGCCGUUGCAGUUGUCGUUGUUGUUUAACUCUUAGGCCGUAGUUAUAGUCAAAACAAAAAAAUAGUAAAGCAAUGAAUGAGAAUUCGAUGUCGGAAAAUUAAUUUCCUUAGUGCAAUAUUUUGUGAGAAACUUUUGAAAUUAGCAGGCCCCGAAUACUUAACUUACUCAGCAACCUAGUACUAAUAGUAAUAAUAGUUCUUUAAGAGCUGCUAUUGUAAUACUUUUAGUGUGUAGAAGUAUGAUUAUACCUCUUGAAUUUUGCAAAUUUUCAAUUCUUUUCGCUGUUUCAAAACCUUUAGGAUAUUAACAUUGUAUCGUCCCCAGUUUAUGCCGAAGUCAAGUCAAUUUUAUUGGUUUCGUUUCCAUUUUAAAUUAAGCAACAAAAAGAGUCCCAGCCAUUCCAUAAGUGAGAUACUCCAGAUGAAGCUCGCCGCCUAAGCGACAUUUUUUUCUAAAGGAAUAUAAAUAUUUAAAUAUAUUUCGAUAUAAAUAUAUUUAUGUUUGUGAAUGUCUUGUAUGCCUGUCUGUGUAAGUUGAAUAGAAUUUGUUACGAUAUUAGAAUUGUACUAUAUAGCGCCGUGCAUUCCAAGAGAGUAGUCAUAUAUAGUCUGCCAUGAUCUCCGAAGUGAAACAAAGAACAAUCGUCGGCUUCGCACUUUUUGUGUUAAAUGUUUCAUUUAUUUAUUUUGCGUAAUGUUUUUGUUUUCUUUG